CGACUGAAUACGUGGAACGUGGAACGCGCGUGUUGUAUCCAUCGGCUAUUAUGUCCGCGCAAAGUCUACGGGUCCGUCGUGUUCGGUGGUGACUGGUUGACACGUGAGCCGCGUGUGUUCCCGUAUCAACAGCUGUUCCCGGAGGCGACGAUGGGACGCGGGCGUCGCGCGCGCGAUCCAUCCGGGCAGUGCUGAUCCCGGCAGGCUACCCAGAGGGACUCCCCCAGAGGGGAUAUCGCGCCGUUCCUUCGGGAUCACCUGAUACACGCCGCGAGCAGCCGGAAGAUCGCUGGACGGCGAGAUCUGCCGCGUCAUGCCCUCCAGAAGGAACAAAGGCGGCCUCCUGGCCAGGGUCAACUUCCCCCUUUACACCCUGCAGAUGCUCACCAGCAGGCACAUCCUGGUGGGAGGCGGCGGCGGCUCCUCCAAGACUGGCGUUGCCAAUGGAUUUGAAAUUUUUGAAUUAUCACACAACGGAGCACACUUUGUCGCCGAGGAAGUGACCAGGCACGAGACGGGUCCCAGCGUGGUCAUGAACUGCGCCUCGCAUAACAACGGCAAGAAGACGUGGAUAGUUGCCGGCCAAGAGAGCCACUGUCAACUGUACAACGUGAAUCCUAAAGUGGUGACUUUGGAGAACGGAGAAUUGAUUAAGGGACCGACAGCGAUGGCUAACAAGGAAGGCCUCAGGCACAGAAGGAACAGCGAGAAGGUCGAGGAGGUUCAGCCGCCGAAGGAAAGGAUAGAGGAGGUCAAAGACGACAAUUCUAAUGUCAAGAGCAAGAAGCUGCAGUUAAUUCUCAAACCCGCCGACAGCGUGCAGACGGCUUUCGGGAACGGCGAGCCUUUACAAAGAGUCGUCAGGGUGAGCUUGCAAGGGGUGAUUAUGGCCACGGGCGGCACGGACGGUCGAAUUAGAUUAUGGAAAUUCCCGCAGCUGUACAAAUUGCACGAUCUUGAAGCGCACGGGAAGGAGAUAGACGACCUAGAUUUUAGUCCGGGCGGCGGCCUGCUGGUGAGCAUCGCCAAGGACGGCAAGGCCUUUUUAUGGAACGUGAGCGACGGUACGAGGAACAAGGAGCUCACUUGGACACCGUCGGACGGUGCGAGGUACAUGUACAAAAGGUGCCGAUUCCGAAAGUCGGCGGAGGACAAGACGAAGAUCGAUCUGUUCGUGCUCUCCAACGCCGUCGCGGGGAAGAAUCCCAGUUUCCUUCAAUUGUGGGACGUCCAUACCGGGGUCAUCGCCAAAUCCGCUUCCUACAAGGAAACGCUGUCAGCGUUGGCUGUUUCCGACGACGGUAAGUUCGUCGCCGUCGGCACGAUGUUCUCGGGCAGCGUCGACAUAUUCGUGGCGUUCAGCUUGAGGAAGGCGCUCCACGUACCCGGGGCGCACAGCAUGUUCGUCACCGGUCUGGAAUUCUUGCCAACGAAACUGGACGGCCCAGCGAUUACCAGCAACACGGAGACCGCGGUCGUCAGUAUCUCCGUGGACAACAGAAUAUGUAUACACAGCAUACCGUUCAGACAUACACUGCCCUUCUGGUUUGUCAUUAUACUGAUAGUGAUAUGUAUAUGCGGCGCAUUUAUCCUCUGCAGCUAUCUCGGUAUAUGACCCACGAAAUGCGCGACCGAGCUGAUGAAGCAGGACAUUAUCUUUUCCUAACUAUCGUAUUAGGCCGGUAAUUGCUCGCGCAGAAAGAUUAAAAGUAAACACAAAUGCACGAUUCACUCGUAAAACGGUGGAUGCUCAAGAAUCUUACAUACACAGAGACGCGUCGUAGGAUUAUCCGCGUAAAAUGCAGGUGCUGACGUCGACGUCUCGUCGACGCGUACGAUACAAUUAGCUUACGAAACAAAGUACACCGUAACUCUGUGAAUAUGCACAGGGGCUAGGAGAGGAGUAUUCUCGGUUCGUUUAGCGGUUAAAAUCGUUACGAUUCUUAAUGGUUGAAUUCAUCCGAUCGAGUACACAGAUUUUCAGGAAGCGUUCGCGCGAUUUAGAUAUAGGCGUGACGUCAGUCGGGGUGCUACUGUGAUAAAUAAACUACGUUGGAGUGCUUCCAACAGAUCGGAGCCGCACCAAUAGCACAUUUGUAUUGAUGUACAUAUAGAUAUUACGUUUUAUCAAUUUUUUUUUAGCGCGAAAGGAAGGCUUCGACAGCCGCGCUACGUCGCGAUUGUCUCCCUUCCGCACGAGUACGCUUAAAUGAUUUCGUUUAUGGCAAGUAACUUGAGAUGUGUGUUUCUCGUACUUACGGCGAACGACCAUACUCUCUGUCUCGUACUACAGACGAAAAUCCACAACUCAUCGCAUUUAUAUGCUGUAUUACGUACACUAAUGUCUACUGGUGUAUUUUUUUUUCUUAAUUAUAUGUCUCUCUGUACUUUCUUUAUAAAACAUGUAAGAUACACGAAUGAUAAGUGUUCGUGGUUAGAUUCCGAUAACCCUGGCGCCUUAAUUCGACGAUGGUUGUAGGGCUAACUAAAGUUUUACCAAACUUUAACCCUGUAUAUCUCGAAAACCAAAGCCCUAUAAAACCUAUAUAAUUUUUUGUUCAACGUUAAAAGUACUAUCAGAAACCAUCGUCAAAUUAAGGCGCCAGGGUUAUCGGAAUCUUGCCGUGUUCGUAACGAUCGACGCUGUGCUAAUUAGCAGUAAUUGUUGCUACGUUUCGCGAAUUGAGCUUAUAGGUACCGUUAUUUAUUUACGCACUUUCUGAAGUUUCUUAAUUUAUUUUUACAGCGCGUAUAUUUUUAUCGCAAAGUUGUUCCGGCUAAUGGUUGAAGAUUUAUCUGAAUAUAAAGCGUACAUGUAUAUGCGGAACCUCCUCCGCUCGCGGAAGAUUGUGCAAUGAAUUUGUAAGCGUCUCGACCACUUCAUUAAUAAUAAACGAUUAAAUAUAUUUCA